UAAGGGGGUUUUCUAAACACAAGCAUUUUUCCACUUCCCCACCUUAAUCGUGUACUUGACCUCAUUCUUCUUAGCGUCCUUGCAUUACAUCUUUUCGUCUAAUUUUAAUGUCUCACAUCUCCAACAAAUUCAACGCCCUGCAAAUUUGACCUUCGUGUAGAUGGGACGGAUUAUACAUUGGUCAGCCCCAGGGCUGUAUCUUCAUCUGCGGGAUUCGACUAUAUAAGGGGAUCAAACCACGAUCACAGACACAGCUCACUCCAGCUUCUCAAUCUUUAUCAUUGUCCAGUCCUAAGACUUGUCUUACAAACCUCAACAUGUACAAAUUGGCAAUCUUCGCAACUAUCUUGGCUGUCUGCUCAGCAACAGCUAUUCUUCAUCCAGCUCUCCACUACGUGGCUCCACACUCUGCAGCCAAAAUAACCAAAGUCGAAUGGGAACAUAAACCAGUCAGCUACGUGGUCCCCGCAGUGCACCACGCACCAGUUGUAUCCUAUGCUCACAAGAGCGUUGUCCAUCAUGCUGCUCCACUUGUACAUGCUCCAGUUGUUCAUGCUGCCCCAUUAUUGCACGCACCCAUUGUACACGCAGCCCCAGUAGUACACCAUGCUGCACCACUUGUCCACGCCGCCCCUCUGCUCCACGCACCAGUAGUAGCCCACCAUUCCAUUCACCACUCCACCCUCUUGGCCCACAAGAAGGCAUAAGGAGAAAAAUGUUCAGAUGGUAACUUGGAAUUCAGAGCUUGGAACUGUUGAAAAUAACACUGUUUGUUAGUUUUUGUUAUCCGAUUUGGCUCGGAGUGUUCCAUUUUCAGCACAAAUAAAAAAAAAUCAUUCCGUUA